AUGCAUGUGAUCAAUUUAGGGCUGCUAUAUGGAACAAAUGCGAGCGCACUGGUGAUGCUAUGUGAAGACAAGUUCUUUGACGGCGACAAUUUCCGAGAGCAACUUGAGAGUGCAUAUGAUGACUUCAAGAGCUUCACGAAGGCAAAGAAAAUCUCCCACUCUCAGAAGAUGUUCACCCCUCGAUUGGUGGUAAAGAAAGACGGUCAACUCUUGAUGACUGGCAAAGCCUAUAACAACCGGGUCAUUGCUGAAUGGCUGCAUGACGUCGUGCAGCGAGCUCGUGGGAGUUCAACUGACCCAAGAAUGCCUCUUGCUUACCUGUGCAUGAUCCUUUGA